GAGGGAAGGCAGAAAGGUAGGGAAGGCAUACAAAUCUCGCUCGCCGCCGCUGGCCUCGCGAUUUCGGCUUUCAAAACGGAGUGAAGAUCUCAUUUAGAAGGUGGCACAAGUGAACGGCUUGUUUUGAGCUCCCAUUUUUUCGACAUUUCGUGACAUCAUCAUGGCAGAUUUGGAGAAAGGAAACAAAACCAUUUUGGAAGAGGACGAAGAAGAGGAAGAGGAUGACGAAGAGUACGAAUACGAGGAAGUGUCCGAGUACGACGAAGAAACCGAAAGUGAGGAUGAAGCCGUGGAUAAAGUUAUCACCAAGCAAAUCAGUCUAGAGUCCAAUGAAGACAAUUCUCCGUCCAAUACCAACGAGCUUGCCAGUGACCCUCACGCGACCCCAAAUCCGGCGACCCCGACGACCCUUCAAGCCUCCACAGCCAACGGAUCUGGGGAGAAAAAGUCCCGCAAAGAGCGAAAUGAAGAGAGUGGAGAGAAUGGGGAGAAACGGAAACAUCACAAAAAGCAUAAAAAGUCUAGACAUAUCGAGAAGUUUGAAGCAUUUAACACUGGAAAGCCCACCGAUUCUAGCCGCGAGAAAAGUCACCGGCGGAAGAUCCACGUCCGUUCCAAGGAUCCCGCCAGCAUUGCCAAACAAUUGGAAAAGAGUCUCAAUGGCGGUUCCUCUUCCAGCAGAUCCAGAUCUGGCAAAGGGAAACCCGCACCCCCACCUCCUAAGAUCAACACUGUCUGCAAGAUUUGUGGUAAAGAACCUUACGUUGUAGAGCGAUUGGUGGCCGAAAAAUCCUGGUGGCACAAGAACUGCUUCCGAUGUAAACAAUGCAACAAGAUUCUGACCCUUGAUACCUACAUGAGCCACGAGGGUGUGAUUUACUGCAAACCCCAUCACCGAGAACUGUUCCAGCCUAAGGUGGUUAAGGAUGACAUUAUUGAGGUCAAAGCCAAGCCUUUGGGAAGACGAUCCAAAAAUGAAGAUGCCAUCGAGCGCCAUCGCGAACAAGAGAGAAAAAUGGAGACCAUUGUCAGAGAAAAUGAACCCAUUGAUCUUGGCGAUGAUGUGAUCAGAUCCAGUGCCACAGAGCGGGAGACCAAGUACAAUGGUCUCGAGGAUCUGGAUGUGGGCUCCAAAUUCAAAAUGUUUGAGAAAGGAGGGUCGGAAGAGGCUGAACUAAUGCCUCGAAUCUCCACGGAUCGGUAUGGCAUCAUGGAAAAACUCAAGCGGCUGCAAGAGGGCGAGGACCUGGAUGACCUUCUGGCUGAAAUUGACGAAGAGAUGCCAGACGAUCCAGAGGAGGAAGUUGAUCCAGAAGAAUACGGCAUGUCCGAAAUGGAGAAGAAGACACAUAAGGCCGAGAUGAUGUUCAGCGACUCCGCUCAAGAUCGACGAGACAAAAAGGCGGAGCAGAAGAGACUGGAAUUGAAGGAACUGAGGGAGUCCCUCAUGUCUGGGAAUAAGGAUAAUGUAUUGGACCAGUUCGAGGAUCUGUUGAAUUCAUCGGCCAAUAAAAUAAAGAAGACCAAGGUGGACGUCAGGAGCGCCAACGCCAAGAAGUUUCGGGAAAUGUUCGACAAGGGCGAGGUUCCAGAAGGCAGUUUGACCAACGCCGACAAGACCAUCAAGGAGAAAAAUCACGAGCUUGAACAGAUGAGAAAAACCAAGCGUGACCAGAAGGAGUACUUCAAGAAAAUGGAAAAGGGCGAGUUGGAAGAUCCAUCCAAGGCGGCUCACGAGCCCAAACUCUUGGUCGGGAAGUUCAAAGAUAAAUCCAAUGGCGAAGAAGGAGGAGCCCCAGCUGACAUGGAGUUGGCCUCGUUGUCCAACCGGUUCUCCUUUUUUGAGAACUACAAAGACAAAGAACCCGGGAAACCCAAAAAGAAACAAUUUCGCAUAUCACCCUCCCGAGAUGGAGAGGAGGUCGAGGCUGAGCCCAAUAGUGAGGAUAUCGAGGAGAGACGUCGUCACUUGACAGAAAGGGAUAUUGCGAGACGGGAUUGCAAAGCGGCUAGCAUCCUAAAGAAAUUCAAGGAAAUGGAGGAGAAAGUGCUGAACGGCGAAGAUGAUGUGUCAAAAUGCGAUGAUCCAGAUAAACCGAUUAUGACAGACCUGGGUUUUCUAGGUCGAUUACCAGGGGUGGGAGAGAAACGGCCUCUGAAAAGGUUUACUCCACCUAGAAAAUUGGGCAGCGAGUCGGAGAGCGACUAUUCCGACAGCGAUUAUUCCGACUCGGAUUCUUACACCGAUUCGUACUCGGACUCUGAGUACUCUGAUUCGGACGUCGACGAAGACGAAACUUUGCGCGCUAUUCGGGCCACUCAGAGGGCCAAGGCAUUGCGCGCCAAAUUUGAAGAAUGGGAGCAAAGUCAGGAUGCCAAGGAACAGGAGCGACAAAUGAAACUCACCGACGAGAAUGGAUCCAGCUUGGACACGGCCUCGCAUCUGAAGAAACGCUUCGAGGCUCUUCAAUUGCGUGAGGAGGCCGAGCGCAAUUCCCAAGCCCAAUCGCCCAAAUUCAGACCGAAAAGAUUCAAGUAAAAUCGUCGUGUGAUACCCGUGUCAAUCCGUCGUCCCUUUCGGAUGGUUAAUCAGGCUGAACGCAUGGAGCUUGUUUAACCAAUGAGGGGAUCAUGUCCACCGCUUGGACCACACAUUACUUCCUUUGUUGUCUUUGUAUAUACGAUAUUGUACGAAUAAAUACCCUCAAAUACUGAA